CCAAAGUGUCGUGAAAGCGUUGCCAACACUGUCGUGAAGGGCAGCGGCAGGUUGUCUUCGGUUUCCGGCAAGAUGGCGGUUUCGCUGGUGUGUGAGGAGACGGGGACCAGAGUGAGUUCAGUCCUUAACCGUGAUGUGAAGCAAUUUGGAAAGAAGUUCUUGUUUGAUCGUAAUGAGGAGACCUGCUGGAAUUCAGAUCAGGGCCCCUCCCAGUGGGUGCUGCUCGAGUUCCCUCAGACAGUAAGGGUGACUGAAUUACAGCUGCAGUUCCAAGGUGGAUUCGCAGGCAGAGCAUGCAGACUCGAAGGUGGAAGAAAGGGAUCCAAUUUGGUGAAAAUAGCUGAUUUCUACCCUGAAGACACAAACUGCUUACAGAGAUUCUCCAUCCAUGAGGAAUCCAUUGCUGAUAAAUUAAAAAUUAUUUUUGAGGAAAGCACAGACUUCUUUGGAAGAAUUGUCAUCUAUCAUCUUGAUGUUCUUGGUGAAAAAUUAUCAUAAUGUAUCUGAUUACUCUCGCUGCCUGGAGAACUAGAAACCAGCUGGAACUGGGAAUUCCCAAACACCCCGUUAGUGCCUCAUGAUACGCAAUCUCUAACAUGAUGCAUUCCCUGGUUUCCACUAAUUCAGCCUGAAACUUGCCUUGGAUCAGUGAGAAGGGACUGAAGAACUUUAUAUUAGACAACUACAGGAAACAUGUCUCAAUCACUGGUAUUUAAAAUAUAAAUUAGGACACAUUAUUGUUACAAGUCAUCACCUGAUUUUUUGUUUGUUUUUGGAAUCCAAUGAUCAGUAUUCUAUAAGCAGAUAUCCUGAGCAACAUUAAGGAAAUCCUGAGGUUUGUUUUGCUUUUGGAUGUAGACCAUUGGCCAAGAGGCUGGAGAACUCCCAUACAGACAAACACUUUGUUUCUUCAAAUUGCAAAGCAAGGCAGGUGGCUAUCUUGAUUAUCUUUUCAGACAAAGUCCAUUUUUAAUUCUUUCAGAUUGAAGAGUUGGUUUUCUUUUAACCUUUCCUCAUAGCUCUAUUCCCUGACAGUAGGGAUUAAACAUCUGGCUAUUUGCAUUAUAACUACUCAACUCGCAAUGAAUUCUGUUAGUAAAAUAGAGUUGAUCUGUUUAUUAAGACAAUUUAUAUUUCUAGUGACAUACCUUGGGAUCGGUUUGAGGCUAAUUGCUGCUAGACACAUUCAGAGAUCGUCUGGAGAUCAAUUGCUGCUAGGCCUCUGCAGGGGUCAGUGAGGAGCUUAAAUGUUCUGAGGCAUGUCCAAGAGCCACCAUUGUCCAAGAGCUCUCUGGUCAAUUGCAAGACCCAUCAGACUACUGCUGAGUUCUUAGAGACAUGAGCACCUAUGUGUUUUCAUCAGUUCAGACUUCUCAACACAGGUAAUGUUGUUACAACUGUUAAGUCCGGAGCAUUAUCUGAGCCUUAGUUCUUGUUUCAAUUGGUAGCCCUCUCAGUGGAGUUAGAAGGUCGUGGGCUGAAGCCCCAUUCACAAGAUGGAGGCAAUAGAAUACAGGCUGCCUGGGCUGAGAAAGUGCUGAAUUAUUAGAGAGGACAAUCUGACUGACCAGAUGAGGCGUUAACUAAAGCCCUGUUGUUCAAUUGGGUGGUAUUUUAAGAAGAACAAGGAGAGCAAUGGACACUUACCAACAGAAUUAGAACAUAAUUGACAAUUAUUUCGUUACUGUGGGUGAGAUCUUACUGUGUACAAAUUGGCUCCUGCUUUUGCUUGUGCAACAACAAUAUCUGUGAACCACUUUGGAAUAUUCUGGUAUUGUGAAAGGUGCUAGAUGAGUGUUUGAAAGAGUGCAAUUGUAAUGUUACUAGACUAGUAUUCCAGAGAUGGGACACUAAUGAUCUAGAGACCCGGUCAAAUCCAACAACAGCAGCUAAGAAAAUUAAAUUCAACAAGUAAGUUAAAUUUGUAAUAAAAUAAGUAAUGCUAAUCAUUUCAGAUUAUUGCAAAAAAUAUAUUUAGGGAAGGAAAUCAACCAUCCUUGCCCAGUCUGCGCUAAGUGUGACUCCAGACUGCCAGAUGUAGUUGACUAUUGACUGCUCUCUGAAACAGCCAAGCAAGCCCCUCAAUUGGUACCAGGGAUUCACAAUAAAUACUCAGCUUGCCAACGAUACCUUUAGGCUGUGAAUGUAUGAAACAAAAAUAGAUCUUUGUUUGACCUUUUGAUACUGAUGAUAAUUGACUGCAAACUUUAAAAAAAUACAAGUCAGGUAUCUGG